AGCAAAGACUAAGCAAAGAAAAUUGUUUUUUUUAUCUUGGAAGCCAGAGCCUAGACAUCCUAAAUUUCAGGCUUCAUCUGAAUUCUGACCUCAUUUGACGUUCAUUGUUACAUUAGACAGUGACCCAAGGCAGCUGAAGUGAAAAAACUUCCAGGACUCCAGGAGAAGCUGUACUUCUUUCUCAGGAUGGAGUCCGGCAGCUGUGAAGUGAGUGAGGUCCCAGACUUUAUCUACGUUGCUGGUGGCCAGACCUACGUCGCCACGUCCCAGGAGGAAGUCAGCAAGAUCAUAUCAUCCUACGAGAGGGCAACCAUCGCCAGAUUCGUCGUCGAGCAUCAGAGUACUAAGUUUGGCACAGAAGAUUGGCAUGGUAAGAAAUUGUUUCGCUGGUCUCUGAAGAGUGUUCCCUCAGCCUUUGGUCCAGCCAUCGUCAUAGGAACCAAGGUGCUUUGCUGCCACCAGGGUAAAGACCGCCACCUGAACUUUAAGAAGCUCAAGAGAGAACAGACGAGGCAAAAGAGGAUGGCUAAAGAUCAAGACAUGAAAGAGAAGGAUCCCACAUCUAGGAAGUCUACCAAGAAGGUGAACUGCCCUGCUGCAAUCUAUAUCAAGAAGGUUGCAUUCUUCCCAGAUUAUCAGGUCACGGAAGCCACACCCCAUAGGAAGAGAAUGGCCUGCAAGCGCUUCAACCAGGAUCGCCUCAAGAGACCCGAGUCCAUCAAGGUCGAUGUCAAGUUCUUUGUGACACUGCCUGACUCCAAAGACCACAGAAACCACCUAUCUGGAGAGGACCUCUUCAAGAAAAUCAUGAAAAACAGAACUUUGUACGACCCACAAGCUAGCAUACCUAAGAAAAAGAAGAAGAAGAAGUCAAAGAAACGCAAGAAGCGGGAGAAAAAGACGAAAAUGGCAGAAAGGGAGCCGGAAGGAGAUAGUUUGGAACACAUGGAAUUUUCUUUCCUGCCCAGCACGUCAUCUAGAGAUGGAGUGAGCAUUUCAGAAUACAGGAUGGAUGAAUCAGAACAGUUAGUCAGUGAUGAGGGACAGGGAAAUGGUAUUCCAGGACAAGAUCUCAAUGCUAUGAGACAGAGUAUCCAUGUUGCAGGACCAAGUAUCCAUGUUGCGGGACCAAGUAUGAGUGUUCCAGGACACAGGAUGGGUGUUGCGGGACAGAGUAUCCAUAUUGCAGGACCAAGUAUGGGUGUUCCAGGACAAAGCAUGGGUGUUGAGGGACAAAGGAUGGGUGUUGCGGGACACAGUAUCCAUGUUGCGGGACAAAGUAUUCAUGUUGCGGAACCAAGUAUGGAUAUUGCAGGACAAGGAUUAAAUGUUGCGGGACAAAAUGUAGAUGUUGCGGGACAAAGUUUAGAUGUUGUGGGACAAAGUUUAGAUGUUGCGGGACAAGAUGAGGAUAUUCUGGGACAGGAUCUGAUCACUGUGGACCGAAGGCAACUUCUACCAAUGGACCAUCUGUAGAAGGAUGUCUUUUUUUCUUGACGCUUAGAUGGAUGUAGGUGGAGAGAGGUAGAAGAUAUAAGACUGCCUGGUUUAACUGCCACUUGGUAUUACAAGUAGUGUGCAUGUAGUACAUGAGAUAGUUCAUAGGGCAUCUUAUGUUUUGAAUGCAGUCAUGCUUACUAGUUCUCAUUGAGAUGAAUAUUGAAGGAGAAUCAUUGAACACCGAGACCAGCAGAACGUUUAACCUGAUGAACAGAGUGUGGUCUUUGGGCAUUUCAGUAUGGCUUGAUGACAUUUCUUAUUUUCGCUUAUAACUUAACUGCUCCCUGCCACCGAGGAAGCAUUUCUUGCCAAUCUUUAUAGGUCGUUUGAACAAAGUCAAUAUUGUAAUUUGUAAAGCUUAGCUAUGAUGUCCACAUCUCAAUAUAAAGCCAAUUUAGAUAAAUGAAAUACCUUUGAAGGGAUCGAAAUGGAUGGUAACUUUUGAAAUGCCAGAAUCUUGCUUAUGUACCUCUGAACAUGUCGUCUGUUUUUUGGUGCUGUCCUUUAUGUAAAAUCAUUUGAGCAUCCUCAUUUUUAUGGGCAAUAGUUAAUUAACUGAGUGAAAGAAUAUGUGAGACAUUACAGCUUAUGUUGUUUCCCUUCUUGAUCAUGCUACAAUGUGAUUUUUGACUGAGAAAUCAGGUAAAUAAAAUUAAACCAUGAAUGUAAUGCUCUACAGAUUUCCUAUUUUUAGGAAAUGGUUACUAUUUUGUCAUUAUGAACAUGAUUUUUAUUAACAUAAGUGCCCACUCUUUGUAUUUUGAAAAUCUCUUGCCAUCAUAAUGUGUGCUCCUUUCCAUUGGUCAACAUUAUUAUUGUGAUGUUAAGUAGGUAUAGACUUACUUGUACCUGUUUAAAAAAUAAUAGACGUUGACAAUACUACGCUAGCAGUGAAAAAUCUGAAUUUAAUUCUCAAAGUUUAGUAUACAAAUAUACACCGUCUUGAGAGGUUCUGGUUGAAACUAUGGGCAAGAGGUGACUAUAUCUAAGGCAGGGUUUAUUUGUUUUUUUUUAUCCUGCUUUAAGAAAAAAAUUAAAACACUAAUUUCAAUUUACACAAAAAUUUGACAAUUUAAAAUUUUAAUGAAUUUUUUUAAAAUUAAAAAUGUUCAACUCUCAAAUAGUAUGUCUACUCCCAAAAGGUUUUUUUUUUUUUCUUCUUCAGAGUAAUCUUAAAAUGGUUUUAAUAUUUCUGGUCGAGAGGAGAGCUCUCUACCAAUCAAAAACCAAUAAAUCGUUGAGUAUAGACAAAUUUUGUAUAUAAAGGACAUUAUUUUUUCCCCUUCUUAAUAUUAAGGCGCUUUGUCAAGUGAAGGGGCCAUUUCGACAACUUGUUAUUUUGGCUAGUACUCAAACUGAUUUGUGAUGCCUCUACAUAUUGGACUCUAAGUGGAAUGGUUUGUCAGUACUUAAAAACUAUUUAUGUACAAUGUUGUCACUUUGAACAGCAUCAAUGAUGAGCAAUAAUUGGAAUAUUAAUGAUAAUAAACUAUUACUUGCCCAUUUCAAUAAUGAUAUUGCCCUGUGGUAUAAACCUUACCUAGCCGAACCAAUGCUCUUACAGUAUUACAGUAUAAACGUGUGUACAUGUAUGUAGGAGAAUGUUUUGUUAAGUUAUAAUUAAAGUACCGGUAAAGAGCAAUGGGAUUAGUAGGUAUCCUUGGGUUAUUACUCACCUGUUUGCCCCAUUAACUAGAGUAGGACAGUGUAUACACAAACUAGAGUUGCUCACUCCACAUUGAGAAAGAAAAUAUUUCAAUAUUUAAAUGUUUCUUUGUGCAAAGUUAUAUGUUUCAGCAGGUAACUAUGAUGACCCAGUUGCCUAAUCAAUCUCAUUUGAAACUAUAAAAUGUUUCCAUUGCUGCUCAAAGAAUGUGAUACCCGGUACUUGAUAUCUAUUGACUGAAAUAUUCUUCCGUGUAUAUUGCAACUCAAAUAUAUUGUGCAUUGGACAUUGUAAAAA